CAAUGGCGUUAGCGAGCGGAAGCACGUGGGUAAACAGGAAGUAGUUUCGGCAUUUGGCGGGUUGAGCGGAGAAGACGUGCAAAAAUGGCGGCUGUGAAUGACAUGGAGAAGAAACUUGCAGAGUAUAAAUGCGACACUAAUGAAGCUAUAUGUCUGAAAUUAGUGCGGUUCCCAGAGGAAAUAGAUGAUGAAAGCACAACGUUUCACCCUGAGUACAGUCAUCAGCUGUAUGGAGAUGAUGAAGUGGCGUUUGGCUACAAAGGUCUUCAGAUCCAGCUUUACUACAGUGCAGGGAACCUGAGCACGCUGUUCAAAGUCAAGUACACGGCCAGGGUCACAGACAAGUUUGACUGUGUGGAGCCAGAUGAUGUGGAGGGCAAGAUCAGAGAGAUCAUUCCUGCUGGUUUCUGCUGUAACACAGAUGACUUCAUCUCUCUCCUGGAGAAAGAGGCCAACUUCAAACCCUUCGGCAGCCUGCUGCACACCUACAAAGUUCACAAUGUGGAGGCAGGAGAGGAUCUCACCUAUCAGAUACACAAGGUGGACAUCUCGUGUCCAGGCUUCAGAGAGUACCAUGAGCGCUUGCAGACAUUCCUCAUGUGGUUCAUUGAGACAGCCAGUUUCAUCGAUGUGGAUGAUGAUCGCUGGGAUUUCUUCCUUGUAUUCGAGAAGUACAAUAAGGAUGGAGAGACCCUCUACGCGACGGUUGGCUACAUGACAGUGUAUAAUUACUACGUAUACCCAGACAAAACCAGACCACGUGUCAGCCAGAUGCUGGUCUUGCCACCAUUCCAGGGAGAAGGCCACGGGGCUCAGCUAUUAGAGACAGUCCACCGAUAUUACUGCACUUCUGCUAAAGUACAGGACAUCACAGCGGAGGACCCGUCUGAAAACUAUGUGAAGCUGAGAGAUUUCGUGCUGGUGAAGCUGUGCUUGACUCUGCCAUCCUUCUCCAGUGAGAAACUCUCUCAGGGCUUCAGUGAAGAGAUGGUGUCUGAGGCCAGAGAGAAACUCAAGAUCAACAAGAAACAUGCACGCCGUGUUUAUGAAAUUCUGCGCCUCAGAAACACAGACAUGAGCGAUGAAGAGAAAGCCAGAGAAUUUCGCUUGGAAGUGAAAAAAAGACUCUAUGGACCAUACAGAAAAAACCAGCGUGAGCUGACUAAGAUGCGAAAAUGUUUGAGGCCAGAGGAGUUGGCGUCACACAUCAGCCAGAUGGACACGACACUGCAACACGAGGAGCUGGAGAAAAGCUACCAGGACGUGCUGGCGGAGUAUCGCAGAGUCCUGGAGCGACUGGCUCAGGCGUGAACACACGGAGACUUCUGCAUAGUCCUGGAAAGACUGGCCCAGACACACACACACACACACACACACUGUUCUAUUGCAUUGUAUCCAGUGUUAAUAAGGGUUAAAACGUGACACAUUUGCAUUUGUUACUUGUGAGAUAGACAGAUGAUGGGCAGUUUUCACAUAGUGAGAGGUGAGUGCAUUGGUCUACUGUGAAGAUGAUGAACUCUGAAGUUUUUUGAGCUGAUAUUGUUAUUGGUUUUUCCAUCAAACAUUUUCCUUAAAAUGUAAAAAUGUAGAUUUUGAAGCACUUCCUAUGAAAAACAAAUAAAAUGUUUUGUAUAUUGCUCAAAUGUAUCUCUUUGGUGAAGUGUCUAAAAUAAAAAGAUCCUCAUUUUACUUA